AUGGAGAGCAAUAACAAUAAUGUGGACUAUUUACAAUUUCAGUCUGAACCAUCAGAAAGACACAAGGGAAAGAAACAUAUAAUCAUUGUUGGAGCUGGUAUAAUAGGUGUUUGUACAGCCUAUUUUGUUAUCAAGCACCCCGAGUUUGACCCCGAAAAGUAUCAUGUUACAUUGAUUGAGAGUAAGAGAGUGGCGGGGGGAGCUAGUGGUAAAGCAGGUGGGUUACUUGCCUUGUGGGCAUUUCCCGAGCAAAUUGUGUCUUUGUCAUUCAACUUACAUCAAAGCUUGGCGAAUGAAUACAAUGGUGCAGAGGAAUGGGGAUAUAGGCGAUUAACCACUGUUUCAUUAGAAGGUGACAUUUCUAACGUUAAGGAGUCUGAGGACGAUGAAAAUGAAAAUAAUGUAGAAGAUAAAAAUAACAUAUUUAAGGAUAGUUUCAAACAAGCAACUGCACAUGAUAGUGACUCCUCAUCAUCGCUUAAUGAAAAACCACCUAAAAAGACAGCUAGAAACACGAGGUCAUCUUCAGUCGUGCAAUUGGAUUUCCCCAAAAACGGUCUUCCGUCAAGUUUAAAUUGGAUUAAUUCUUCACUUAUCGAUAAUUGUUCCACGUUGGGUGGUACUGAUACAACUGCACAGGUUCAUCCAUAUAAAUUUACAAACUUUAUGCUUAGAAAAGCGGUUGAAUGUUCAAAAGGUGCGUUGGAAUUAAUUCUUGGUAAAGUUGAGGAAAUUACAUACUCUGAGGAGACAGGAACUGCCACUGGGGUCAUAUAUCAACCAACAUCAGUGAAAGAUAGUGAUAAAUACCAGAAUAAAUUGAUUGAACUAGGUGCAGACCAAACAGUUCUAACUGUUGGACCUUGGAUUUCAAAAAUCUUGCCCGAUUGUCCUAUAUCUGGGUUGAGAGCACAUUCAAUUACUAUAGCACCGUUCAAGGAUCAACCGGUUAGCCCCUAUGCUAUUUUUACCGAGCUCAAAGUGGGUCGUAAUUCUUACAUUUCACCAGAGAUUUACGCCAGACAAGAUGAAGUUUAUGUCUGUGGAGAGGGUGACAGCGCAGUUGACGUCCCAGAAACAACAGACGAUGUUGAAGUUGUGAGGUCAAAAUGUGAUGAGCUUUACAACCAAGUGAGUAAAAUCUCACCAAACUUGAAAAAAGGACAUAUAUUGAGACGACAAGCUUGCUAUUUACCAGUAUUGGAUGUACCUUCAUCAAGUGGACCUUUGAUUGGAGAAACAAAUGUAACUAAUCUAUAUCUUGCAUCAGGCCACUCAUGCUGGGGAAUCAAUAAUGCACCUGGUACAGGUAAAAUAAUGAGUGAGUUGUUGAUGGAUGGUAAAGUCAAAUCGGCAGAUAUCUCAAGUUUGGAUCCAUCAUUCUACUUUGAUGCUAGUGUUAUCCUAGAGGACUGA